UGGACCGGGUCUGGGUCCAGUCCGCCGCGCCUGGUCCCGCAGAGGGAAGCAGCGGCUGCGGAACCGGGAUGAUCCGCAGGACCGGGCGUUUCUGGUGAGGGAUGGAGACCCGGAGUUCUGGAGUCCGACCCAUGUUCGGUCUGGUUCUGCUGCUGGUCUGGGUCAGCCCGCCGAGCUGCCGGGCCAGCUGGAUGUGGCUGGGCGUGACGUCCGGCGGCGGCCCGGAGCGGCUGUCCUGCGGAGACCCGGCUCUGAGCGGCCGGCAGCGGGCCCUGUGCCGCGGGAAGCCCUUCCUGCUGCCCGGCGUGCGGGACGGAGCCCGGCUGGCCGUGGCGGAGUGCCAGAAUCAGUUCCGACUGGAGCGCUGGAACUGCUCCACGACCCGGAACCCCGCGGCCGUGUUCGGGCACGAACUGACGAGCGGAACCAAGGAGACGGCGUUCAUCUAUGCGGUGAUGGCAGCGGGUUUGGUCCACUCCAUCACUCGGUCCUGCAGCCAGGGCAACAUGACGGAGUGCGGCUGCGACGCCCGGCUGCACGGCGGCGGCGGCGGGGCGGUGGAGGAGGGCUGGCACUGGGGCGGCUGCUCGGACCACAUCCGGUUCGGAACCUGGUUCAGCCGGAGGUUCAUGGAUGUCUCAGAGAAGAACUCGUCAACGGGCCGGGUCGGGUUCACGCUCAGCACCAUGAACCAGCACAACGCCGAAGCCGGACGGCAGGCCAUCGAGAUGACCAUGUCCACAGACUGUCGCUGCCACGGUAUUUCUGGUUCCUGUGCGGUGAAGACCUGCUGGAGGUCCAUGGCGCCGUUCCAGCGUGUUGGCGCUUACCUGAAGGAGCGAUACGAGCGCAGCGUCCAGGUGUCGGACCGUGCCAGGAGGAAGACCAGAAAAAAGGACCAGCGCCGCCCUGCGGACAAACACGAACUCAUCUACCUGAACAAGUCUCCAAACUACUGCCUGGAGGACAGGCGACGUGGCAUCGCCGGCACCAGGGGGCGCCGCUGCAACCGGACCUCAACCGGCCCGGAUGGCUGCAACCUGCUUUGCUGCGGCAGAGGCUACAACACUCAUGUGGUGAGGAACAUCCAGCGCUGCGAGUGCAAGUUUGUUUGGUGCUGCUACGUCCACUGCAGGCGCUGCGAGAGCAUGAACGACAUGCACACCUGUAAAUAAGUCCACGCCUGGAAAGGAUCGCACACCUGGAGCAGGAAGAGAAGACAGUCCUGCAUGGAUGGAGGUUCUGAUCAGAUCAGGAUCUGAUUGGAUGGAACAGCUGCAGGUCACUGCUGGAGCACAGCUCCACUUGUUAUCCAGGAGCCUGAAGGAAUCCUGGAAACAGCCUCCAGGCAGGGCCGGACUUAGGAGGGUGUGGGCCCCUGGGAUUGUGCCAAGGUGCGGGCCCUACUUAAUCAUCGUUAUACAUUUGAUUAAGUACACACACACAC